AUGCGCACAGCUGCACCCGCGCGCGCCCCACCCCCGACGUCUGCCGCACCCCAGAGGCCCAGGAUCUUGUCAUUGACCGAGCGCGCCGACGCGUUGACCCCCGCACAACUUUGGCAGUUCUCGCGCGCCACGCCCUACCCGAUGUCGACCAUCCGUACGCCGGCUGCCCUGGGAACCCAAGACGUGCGCACGGCGCCCGCUCCGAUGAGCACCCCUAGCGGGUACGUUCUUCCAAGCCUGCUAUUGCCCGACCUCAUCAGCCUAGCUGAGGCUCAAGUCGCCACCCGGAUUGCAGGCGACGAUGACCAUGGGACGCUGAGCACCAGCGAAGGGGACGAGCAGGAAGAAGAGACGGGCUCGCCGUUACUGACCUCCACCCCUGCAGUCACAACCACUGCUACUGAUGUCGCGGGCUUCGCAGACGCCGAGCUGAGGAGCGCGAUUGACAGCCUCAAGGCUGGCCUGGAUGGGCUGGAGCGGGCGGUUCAAAGCCUUUCGGAGGAGGUCGAUCGCUUCGCUGGAUGA